CACGUGCGCGCAGCUCCGAUUUGUGUCAUCUUGCUCGCAUAUCCUUCUCACUGCGAUCGAUACGGGCUCCACGGAUCGUUCCUCCACCCCCGUCGCAGCAGCGGCAGCUUCCGCCUCACUCUCUUCCGCCGGCGUUCACUUCGCGUCGAUGGCUGGAGGCCCGACGGCGGUCGCAAAGGGGGUCUACUCGGUGUGGGCGCUCCCGCCGGAGGAUGUCCGAGACCGGCUCAAGAGCCUCAUGGGCGCCCUACGGUCCGAGUUCGGCGGCCCCAAAUUCGAGCCCCACAUCACCGUCGUCGGGGCCAUCUCCCUCGGCCCCGACGAUGCCCUCCGCCGCUUCCGUUCCGCCUGCACCGCGCUCUCCCCGUACCCCGCCCGCGUCUCCGCAGUCUCCCGUGGCGCCUUCUUCUACCAGUGCGUCUUCCUCCUCAUCGAUCCCAGUCCCGAGGUGGUGGAAACCAGCGCCCUGUCUUGCGGCCACUUCGGAUACGAGAACGCGACUCCAUAUAUGCCCCAUCUGAGCCUCUUGUACGGGGACCUGACGGAGGAGGAGAAGGAGAGGGCUCGGCAGAGGGUUGAGGCGUUGGACAAGGAGAUCCUCAGCCUCAGCUUCGAGGUCUCGGCGCUCGCCCUCUACAAGACCGACACCGAGGACAAGAGCUUGGAGUCGUGGGAGCAGGUGGAGCUCUGCCACCUCUCCGAUGAUAAGUAGAUCAUCUGCUUUCUCUGUAAUAUGUUGUUAUGUCUUGGGACGCUGCUUCUGCCAUUUUCCUUCUGCCAAAUAAGGCAUGCCUCUUGUGCUUGCAAGCUGCUCGAUGGUUUGUCACACUUGGAUGGCAGUUGUCUUUUCAGCCUCAUAAAGCAACUCAGUUUCUGCCCUCAUAAGGUUACUGUUUUAUUGCUGGUGAUAUCAUACUGUGUAAUUUAUGGUUGAUAUAUUAGCGUAAUAAAUAACAAGUUGUUAUCUGGCAUAA